AUGAGCGGCAAUAUCCCGUCACUCACAUGGGCCACGCAAGCCCAGCUGGCGAAUAGAACCCCGGAUGAGAUAGAGGCCGCCCUGAAUAUGACUAAAAUGAGUGUCGCCAGGAUUCUCAGUCAACUAAUGGCGCAACUAGAGGAGCUUGUCAGCUCCACGACUUCAUCGCAACCGAAGUUUGAUGGCUCCACGAGCCUUUCACAACCGGAGCUUGUUAGCUCCACCGCCCUCUCGCAAGAGGGAGCUUCUAGUCUCGACAGCGACAAUACUGUGCCGAUUAAAUUGGAGCCCGCUAGCCCCAAAAUCCUCCCUCAACAGGGAGCUUCCAGCAUUCGUAGUCCCAGCACUAUUUCGCCAUCGCGAAUGGGAAGCGAGUUGGCGCCAAAGCGCGAGCGGUCUGUUGAAGACCAAUAUAGCAGUCCAUCAAAACGCCGGCGUUUUGCGACGCCAAAGCGAGAGGUGGCAGACGACGAAGUAACACCCAACUCAUCUCGAGGGCAAUCAAAUGCCAGUGGCAGUAGCCUCCUCGAACGGGGGCCCGUCACAACGGAGUCCGAGGCCCGGGACCUGUUGUCUGCGGAGCCUCCCGUAGAGACCAAGAAGAAGCGGAGCCCCAAAGGGGAGGGGUCCAUCAAGGCUGAGGAAGAUAGAAUCUUCCGCAGCAUCCGGGAAGGCUUGAAUUCCCGCUCAGCACGUCAGGGUGACUACCAGGCUUUUGCGGAUGCCAUGCUCCCCGAUAGUAGGCCCUCUAUGGAGCUCCCCAUCUUCACAGAGGAGAUGGAAAUGGGGAUGAGGACCAGGAAGCCUGCAGCCACAACGGCUGCCAAGGCUCCCAAAGUGGUGCGGGCCAGAGGCCUGGGUGCUUCUGGCACCCUCCACCCCUCAGAAGUCGCUCUUUGCCAGCGACUCAACUUGCCAUACGACGUGUACCGGUGCCAGAAGAGCCGGAUCUUCCUCGGGAUGGCCGCCGGCGUUGCGUUCUACGAGCGCAAGCUGGCUCAAGAGCCAAGUCAUAGGGCCCGUGACUUUGGCGUCUCCCAGGGCCAACAGAUCGCCAACAUUGAUGUGAAGAUCACGUCAACGUUGAUGAGGGCGUUCGAGGUGUGGGGGUGGGUUCCCCAGCUCAUUGAGAAAGACGCCCGCCACAAGAGGCGUGUGGUGUUGACAGAGGUUUGCCAGAGGGCAUUUCCCUCUGCUCAUCGCCUUCGCUUGCUGCUGGAGGUGGCGGGAGUCGAGGCAAUGGCCGGCAAGCUUGAGAUUGCUGGCAACGUCCUCUCUGAGAGAGAGAAGAGGGGUGCUGUCAAUUGUGGGCCCGCUUGA